GCUGCGGGCACCUGCUGUGCCGGGGGCCUCGGGUGACAUUGGGCCUCGGCAGCUGUAGGGGAGGACGGGUUCUGGAGUCUGGUAGAAAGGGAGAUCUUCGCCUGCUGCCGCCAUGUUUCGCGUUAUCAUCAGCCACGCCAAGAAGCACCCCAGCUUGAUCCCUCUGUUUUUGAUCAUUGGAUCUGGAGGCGUUGGCGCAGGCCUGUAUCUUAUGCGUUUGGCAAUGUUCAACCCUGAUGUCUGCUGGGACAAGACAAAUAAUCCAGAACCUUGGAACAAGCUGGCUCCCAGUGAUCAGUACAAGUUCUACUCAGUUAACGUAGACUACAGUAGACUGAAAAAGGACCGUCCUGACUUCUGAACAGCACACUCAUCUCCAUAAGCUGCACAGAAAGGUCUUCCAAAAGUCAUCCGCACAAUUGUCAUGCUUUAUCAUCCUGGAAAUAAUCAAACUUGCCUCACACUGCACUUAAUCAUGUGUUUGAAAGUUUUUGAUGAGGCCUAAUAAACAUCUGAAACUUGAA